AUGAAUGAUAUAGACAUAGAAGACUACCACAGGAAUAUACUGCAAGAACUGAACGCAGUCGAAGAGGAGGGAGAAAUAUCCUUGUCUAUAUUUCUAAACGACUUAAUAGAUAUCGACAUAGAAUCAAAUUUUAAUUUCAGCUACCAAGUGGUGAGUCGUGUGAUGCAAAUAUGUGUGAAUUCGCUAAACAGUAAUUUGAUCACAUUGGCAGAUGCGUGCAUGCACUUUAUGCGUUAUAGCAUAUGUAGGUGCGUAAAAUUGGAAGAAGAAAUUAAUGAGUCCUUCUUCGACAGCAUCAACACGAUAGUGAAAAUAUGUCUUAACAUGAGAUAUUUUAUCGACAACAGAUCUUUGUUGUUUCAAAGAGCAUUCCUAUCUCUCAUCAUCGAGUUGGAUAAAAGUUUUCCCGAAUUCAUGAUUCUAUGGAAAGGCUACAAAACGGAGAUGUGUACAUUCCUCACCUCCCUACUGCAUCUUAUUUCCUUUCACUUAACUCUCCUAAAUGAUCUUUUAAAAGAAUUCAAAAAAGAUGAAAAAUUAAAUUGUAACAGGUACAUGCAUGUCGGGUGCUCCAGGAUCAAGAUCAUCGAAAUUGCCUUCAAUUUGCUUUUGAAAAUGUUUAAAGAGAUCAGAGAAAUUCCCUUUAUUUCUUCUCUCAUUGAUUAUGUGAACUUGAUUGUUGAUACAUACGAUCACAUACCAGACGUAGAAAUUAAAAAGAAAAUUUUGUCUCUCUGUAAAUGUCUAUAUAGCAGCAACCAGGAUGGAAGUCGGACCCAUUUGGCGUCCGUCCCAGAACUGACAAAUUUGCUAGGCAGGAAGAGGAACAACUAUUUGGCACUAACCAAGGAGAAAGACAUAAACAUGAGUUACCUGCGUAAUUGCUCCUAUAUCUACGUGUCAGAAAGCCACCUGUCCAUCAGCACAUUUAGCGCCACCGACGGGGAGCAGACAAACGUAACAAACGGAUCCACUACUCACACUAACCAUGGGGAUGCCUCCACUGAGCAGAGUGAUGGUGUCUCCGCCAGUAUUCCGAAGAACAAAGUCGUUUUAACUCCCAAUGGGUUCAAGGGAUGUUUGCUGCUGAACUUUUUCUAUGCUUACUUUUACAACACCCAAAAUAAAUUGCUCAUCGUUUUGUGCUACAACCAAGUGAAGGUGCGCAAGGACCCCGGGGGGAAGAUGCUCAUUUUUCGUUGCUCGCGGAUGGACGCGCUUGGCGCACUGUCAAACAAGCUGCGGACACAGUACGAAGGACGCCUCCUGGAUCACAUAGAUAUUUGCGUAAAGUUUCGUUCAGAGUCGAUUAAGAAUAAAAUGUUUGAUGUAAUUUCGGAGGUAAUUUCUAUUGAGAGUAAGGAACCUGAAAACGGUAAAGAGAUGAAGGACGAGUCGGAUGAGAUCCGUCUUCGGGAAGGGGUUCCGCACGAGACAAAGCUGAAAGGAGAAAACAAACGUGCGAAUAGUUCCGACGACGACGACUCAGACAGUCGUACCUACUGUGUCAGUGGGGAUGAAAUAAACGAAGAAGAAAAAUUGAAACGUAGGAAAGUAAGCUUUGCCUCGAUGAAGGAAAUAUGCCUAAUGGACUAUCGCACGUCAAUGGGAACGAAAACCUUACUCCUGGAUGAAUCCCUAAAUGAGAUGGACAGACAGGACGAUGAGGGAGUCUCCGAUUUGACGGAUGAACAGGACAAGAAGAUACCGAUUGCUCCGGAGGAAGCUACUAGAUGCCCAAGUGUGGAUACGGCCAACUCAUUAGGGGGGUUGCAUACUGAAGAGGAGGACAUGAUCCACACAGAUGGAGUAAGCGAAGUAGGGGGGGUGAUGGAGGUAGAUGGCACUCUUGACCCCAAGGGGGAAGAAAGUGGUGAAUCACAUGGAGGAAUGCUGACCAAGGUGAGCUACGCAACGACGAAGGAUUUGGAGCACGCGUAUGAUGUAGAAGGCGAGGGUGUUAUUCUCGAGGAUGAUGAUUUGUUUGCAGAGAACCCACUAUGUUGUGUACUGUCGGAGCACGGGAAAAACCUCGGCGAAGGGAGUAAACUGGCAAAUGUCAAACAGAUACACCAAUUGAAAUGUAGCAAGGGGGUAAAAGAAGUAAACGGAUCUGAGAACCCACUGAAUGAGUUAUUCAUUCUGUCGGAUAUAAAUAAAAUGUGCGAACAAGUUUCCAUUGGGAAAAGAAGCCAAGAGGUGGAGAAUGAUGAUGAUGAUGAUCGGGUAAAUGUGGGUAACCACCUCGAAGAAGGAAAUGAUCAAGCAUCUAUAAAUAUACACCCGAUUUGUUUCACAGAUGAUGAGAAGAAGCUACUGCUCAUUGAUCCUUCCACAAAAUUAGAUAAAGGUAAAGAAAAUUCGAGAAGGAAGAACAAAUCUGAUGGUAGUUAUUUCCCACAGAGGAGCUACAGCCAUGGCAACAUCCCUCAAGGGAUGGAAAAACAAAAGGUAGAAAAUUGCCCUCCUUACGAUAUAAAAGAAUUUAUGAUUAAAAAUGGGAUUGAGGAAGAUAUAGCAGAGGAAGGAGAUCCUGGAUGUGAUGCUUUAGGAAGCUUCCUGACGACUGAUCUGUGGAAGGGAAGAAAUAAUAAGGUUGGCAACAGCACCCUCAAAUCGCCACCCGAAAUAGUUAAACAGUUACUCAAUUAUAGCGCGAAUCAGAAACCCGAUGAUGAGAACAUACAAAGUUUGGCAAAGGCACAAGUGAACGACACACUGGGGGUGACGCAGCGGGAGGACCUGCAAGGGAACUUACGUCGCAUUGAUCACAGAGUGUUGUAUAAUCGAGAAGAGGGGGAUAGGACUAGACAAAGGGUAAAGGAAGAGGAAACUGAUAAUAUAAGCAGUUGUAUUAUACAGGACGGGCGAGGCUAUCGAGGGGGCGUCGCUGUAAAUUUGGACGAAAGGGAUACUCUUACAGAUGAGAAAUCUCCAGUUGGAGAGUGUCGAGGGAGAAAAGGCCACGACGAAAGAGGGACGGGGGAAUACUCCCAAGUGGUAAACAUUGAAGGAGAGGAUGAAGCGAGUAACGAAAUGAUUUUACGUGACAACCCGAUGGGGGGAGAAAUGAACAGCGUGGAAAACAGCACCAUCAUUCGCGGAGGCAGCAGUUGCAGGGAACAUCCUUUUGGAAAUGAAUCCUCGAGGAUAAGGGUGAAGUCCGCCGUGAAAGAAAUACACCAUAUCGACAAACCCAGCUCAAGUUGCAAAAGUAAAAAAAGAAUCGCAACAAAUGAAAUCAACAGAGGGAACGAAAUAUCCUGCACGAUGAAUGAGUACACAGCAAAAAAUAGCCACCCCGAUUCGCCCUAUCCAGUGAAAAAAUCAAAAUAUAAUUACCAUGACCCAAAACUUUUAAAUUUGCUAAAAAAUGAAGAAAACCUGGACAAGUUAAGUGCUAAAUACUUGAUUAAAGCUUAUACAAUAAUUCAGUAUAAUCGGAGAAACACACACAUACAAAUAGCUGAUUGUUUCCGAAGUGUAAGGAAAGAAAUUACGACAUCGUUUGAGUGCAUUAACAGCAAGUACGUAGCUUGGUUAAAAGAAUUGCAACAGAAAUUUUCUGGGAGACUUGAGCGGAUUGUUUCAAGACACUCUUACAUGCUCCUGAUUAAUAAGAGGCGGACAAGACAAAUUAAUAUAGAAACACUACCCACCCCCAUCGACCUCCAAAUUAUUUCCACUAAAAUGAAUACACUACAGGAUACGCUUAACAUAGUGCAAAGAACUAUGGAGGAUAAAAUUAAAAAUAUGCAAAUUUUGAUGGCGUACAAGGAGAGUGAUGUUUAUACUUCUUCCCUUUCGCUGAAUACCCUCCUGUCCCGGUGCUCCACGCAGCGCCUAAGGGAGGGCGUUGGCGACAAGCAAGGUGGUGGUACAGAACAAAGCGGAGGUGAGAUGUGA